AUGUCUACUGUGGGAAAUUCAACCAAUAUAUUUUGGCAAGAAUCACCAGUUGGGAAGCUUGAAAGGCAGAAGCUCCUUAAGCAAAAGGGCUGUGUUGUAUGGAUCACGGGUCUCAGUGGAUCAGGAAAAAGCACACUUGCAUGUUCACUAAGUAGGGAACUGUAUACAAGGGGAAAGCUAUCUUAUGUACUUGAUGGAGACAACCUUCGACAUGGUUUAAACAAGGAUCUUGGUUUCAAGGCAGAAGAUCGAACAGAAAAUAUACGCAGGGUUGGUGAAGUUGCAAAGCUCUUUGCAGAUGCUGGUCUAAUCUGCAUUGCCAGUCUAAUAUCUCCGUACAGGAAAGACCGUGAUGCAUGCCGUGCAAUGCUGCCGGAUGCUAAUUUUGUAGAGGUUUUCAUGAACAUGCCUCUGGAAUUGUGUGAAGAGAGAGAUUCAAAAGAUCUUUACAAGCUCGCACGUGCUGGAAAGAUUAAAGGUUUUACUGGCAUAGAUGAUACUUAUGAACCACCAUUUAACUGUGAGAUAGAAAUAAACCAGAAAGAUGGAAUUUGCCCCACACCAGGUGCUAUGGCAGGGGAAGUAGUUUCUUACUUGGAGGAGAAAGGAUAUCUGCAAGAUCAGUGACUAACUUUCCGUUGGCACAUACUCAAGUGUUCUCAAAGGUGGUCACAUUUAAAACAUUACUUG